CUUCGAGAGAAGAUGGCGUCUUCAAGUAAUCAAGAAGAAGGUAAGGCUAGCAGAAAACAUGGUUUUUACUGGGAUCAUUGUUUUACAGAUACAUUAAAAUAACUUCGAGGUUGGUUAUUGUGAGAAUAAAGCCCCACAAAGGCGAAAUCUGACCUUCUCUUCAUUCAAAGUCUUGCUUGAAAGUAGGCCCGCCAAAAUUCGUUGUCGCGUCACUACAAGAAGAAACCGAAUUUUGUUGCCAAAGAAUUCUUAGUUUUCAUGUAAAAAACGAUUUCUCUUAGCUAGUCGAAUGUUUCAAACCAUUUUCUGUAGUUGUCCAUUGUCGCAGCGAAAAUAAGAACGAGGUAAAUUUCGGUAAAACCAUGCAUUCUCUCACACCGUGGAAAGACAUGUGGCGGAUUGAAGUGUUUGUCGUUUUGGGAGGGUCAGCGGGAUUGUGUGGAAGAUAAAUUGCGAUUUCCGCUGACCUUCCAGUAGAUUUCUCUAACUUUCUAUUUUUCCCUGAAGGAAAUGUCAAUCUGGAAAGUUCGGAAGGGAAUUGCAACGGUUUUGAAGCGGUUAUUACCUCGUUUUGUCUUGAAAUUUGCAUGUAAACCAAACCGACAACGGGAAAAGCGACGCCGCCAUAUUUUACCUUUGUUUCGCUUACUCAACGCGUUUAUUCGGGUUUUGUAGAGUUUUCUAUGAGUCAGCGAAAGGAAGCGUUUGAAUAACGUAGUUUGCUACAAAUCUUGUUAGAAUCUAAAUGUAUUUUUUGUCCAGUUUUUUGUUAAAGUCGUUUUCGUAUCUUGUGUUUAAUUUCGUUUUCCACGAGUUGUACAUGCGGUCAAGAAAUUAUAAAUUCAGCUUGCGAAAGCUUGUUCCUUGUAAGAUCGUCCAAGGCUAGAGGCGUUGGAUCUUGAAGCAUGACCCUGCUUUUACUGUUAAUUUCCGGAAAAAUCGGUAGCUUCAGUCAAGAAGCAGAUUCGAUGUUUCAUAAUCGUUGUUUUCAGACAAAUGUUUGCUGAAAAAGAGAAAUGUACAUGUAAGCUUAAAUGUUCAUUGCUCGUGUCCGUGCGCUGGAGUGAGUUGGAAGUGUAAUUUUCCACUUGUAUUGAUAAAUUUUUUCCAUCUCGCUUUCUUGUGCUAAAAUGGCCAUUUAAAAACCACUUACAGUGUAUACAAGCGUUUACACAUAGAACUGACUGCCUCCUAAAAUAAAGAAUAUAUUUAUAUGUGUGUUAAAUUAUCAUCAGUGUAUAAAAUUUGCAUCAAAAUCCUGAGGAUUUAGCGUUUUGGAUCUUUGCAUUUCCUUGUUUUGCUUCACAUAUUGUGGCGUGAUAAAUUUAAGAACUUCUUAUGUAAAAAAUUCAUGAUUUACAAUCACUACUGUGAAUUGAAUACAAUAAAAAUACAGUGUAGGAUCAAAAAUAUAAUUUCAUUUUUCCCAUUGAACCUCCUACAGUAGUUUGUACCUUGAGCUCUGUUUGACUGAAUGCCUGCACCUUGAAAACAAUUUUUGGCUUAAUAUUUGUGUCACUCCUAUUCAGUGCAAGGCCAGCAGAUAACUGCAAUCCAGAGUUCUUUAAGUUUCUUAUCAAAUUAAGUUGUGUUCCCAGUGAUUUCUCUAUGUUUUUUGAGUGAGAAUUAUUCACAUGUGUCAUAUAUAGCUAUGACGGGCUUCUAGGAAGCAUAAAUGGUAUUUUCUUACUCUGUUAUUUGUCGAGCAUAGAAGGUCAGUAGGACUAACAAAACAAACAAACUCUUUAUUUUGACUGGUCAACACCCAUGUUCCCAUGGUGUGCAAAGAAGAUAUUUUCCUCACUACUCAUAUUUGCUACAAUAAUUUAUGAAUCCCUUUGAUGUCACUUUUUCACACCUUUAAGAGUUCCAGAUUUGGCAAAUUAAAGCAAGUUUCCAAAUUGUAAAGAACCAUUGGCACCAUAAUAUGAAAGCACUACUGAAAAGGUUCCAUUUGAUUUGUUACACCAAAUGAUUGUGUACAGACAUGAAAUCUAUGUUACAGGUCAAAAUAAUUAUUAUAUUCCAGUGAUCUCCCUAAAUUUUACCUCAGCAGGUAAGGGAUCAUUCUUGACUGGUAAGGCCAAGGGGCGAAGGGAGGGGGCUUCGCGUUCAUGAAGGCUUUUUAUUAAUUUUUUUUUGAGCAUCCUGUCAACCAAUUGACCGAAACGUAUUUUAAACACCUCAAAAUAAAGAAUUUUUCGAAUGAAGGCUGCCUAUUGCCGCUAGGGUCAAUUUAGUAACACAAGCCGCAGAAGUUGUGAACUUUCCUGCUGGUCGAGAAAGUUUAGAAUUGGGACAGAAGCCCAGGAAAAAUUGUUUGCCUGCAGUGCUUUGAAAGGAACUGACCGUGGCAAAAACAAUAUUUUACUCACUCACUGCGCUCGUUUGUAAAAUAUUGUUUUGCCACUUGAAAAUAAAAUUCAUAUCUUCGCGCCUACCGUGUAAUAUCCUCUAUUUAUUUACAUUUUCCUCUUCUGAUGUUGAACACACGUUUUAGCAGAAAGCCAAUCAAGUGUGAAGCAUGCAUUUAUGCAAAUAUUUCUGGGGUCAUUUCACAUUUAUGUCACAGUUGAACUUGAAUAAGGCUAUUUAUUUUAUCCAAGAUUUGGAAAAAUAUAUGGGGAAGGAGAGGAUUGAAUUUUUAAUACACAAAAGUUACUGGACCAAAAAAGUAAUUGACAGUUUAGAAGUCUCAGUCUAGACCGACAGGUCUGCUUUCCUUUAUCAAGAUUUUACAAAUGCUUAGGUAUAUAUCUUAACAAAUGUCAUGUCACGGAAGCGCGAGAAUGUCUGGCUCAAAGCUAAUAUAAAUAAAUGCCACUUUGGAAGAAUGUGCAUAUAUUUGUGGCAAAUUUUCUCAAGUGCAAUUUUUGUAACCAUUUGAUUAUUAAUUUACUGCAUUCAUGCCUGUCCCCCUACCCUUAUUGUCAGAGACUUUUCACACGCAGUUUCUAAAAUCUUCUUCAGAGAAUCUUCAGAGGCCAUGGUUACAUUUUCGCAGACUGUGAAGGCAUUUCAAAUCUCUACUUUCUUUAACUACGACUAGAAUUUUUAAAAAUGGGGGACAGUUUUAUCCUCCAACACAGACAUUCUUUUUGGCUCGUCACGCAAUGGGAAGGAACGGGUGAUGAAGCCUUAGGCCGGUAGGCUUGGAUAUAUUUUUGGUAUGGCAUGACCAAUUGUCCCACAAGCUGGCAGCCCAAUGUACCCCCAUUAUGGGGCUCUUGUUUUGACUGAGAUGUGUGACAAAUCUCAUUGACAGAUAACUUUGCAUAAUUUUUUAAAAAUUUAUUAGCAGCCAAAGAGGUGUUAACAGAAAAGUCAGCAGAUUUAAGUGAAGGAGCAACAGAUAAUGGGCCUUCAGAGUCAGCUGUUAAGGAAAAUGAGUUAACUGUUGAACAGCCAGAAAUGGUACCAAUACCACCAGGAGAAGAGAAUUCCGAAAACUCAGCUACCACAGAAAAUCAACAGGUGAGAGGGAUUAUCUAGUACAUAUCCUGGGUUAUUACAGCUUAACUGGCCAUAUUGUUAAAGCAUCCCAUCUCUUGUGCUCUGAAAUCUCCUAGUAAUGCUGGUAAUGUAUAUAAUUUUUACGCAGGCCAUCCACAACGAAAGACACUUUUUACAAACUACUAUGGAUCCAGUGUAAUAGCUGAUUAUGAUUGGCCAUACUACUGUAGACUUCUGUUUCCCCACAAUAUGAUUUUUUAUUUUAUUUUCUUUUUUUGCUAACGCUGAGUCAAUUCAGAGAACAAAAAAAGUGGUACUACAGUAUAUUAAAUCAUGCAAAAACAUCAAAAUCAAAGAGGCAACAAUAAGCAACUUAAAGGUUAUUAAAGUUUCUUUUAGCAGCACUGUUAUCACUUGUUGUCAGUCAGCAGUCAGUUUGGUUGCUCGAGUGCAGUCAGCCUUGUUUGCACCCGCUCCAUGUCCUUAGUACAGCAUUUUCCUGAUGGCCUCAUGUUUCAUUUAGCCUUCGUAUUGUCCUUUUACCCCACAUCUCCUGCCAUAUUUUUUCACUGAAAAUCAGUGUGACAGGUGCCUGGUUCCAUUGGUGUGGGAGCUCAUAGCUGAGAGGCUCGGGUUUACCAGCCAUGGGCCAAAACUUUGUCUAGGGGGUUGGCUUUGCCUAAAGUGGAAGUACCCACCUCCACUAAGCAAUGCAAUAUUGUUUUAAAGCAUGGUGUACUAACUUCCUCUUUUUGUCUAGGAUGCUGGCCAAGUAGCUGCAGAGUCAAAUGUGUUGUCACAACAGGAAGACUCAGCUUCGGCAAAUGACUCUGAGUCACAACAACCUCAAACCUUGUAUGUAGCCAUUCAGCCAGGAGCUGAGUCUGGGCAAGGGGAUCAGCCAGCAGUGUAUCUGGAGGUGGUCGAAGCAGGUAGCGGUACAGAGGUCACCUCUAGUGAUGGGCAGGUUAAUCUGGUUCAGGAGGAGAUGGUUAUUGAUAAUGGUAAGCAGGCUUGUAUAUUAGUGAGUGUGUGUCAUAAAUUUGUAGUUGUUGAACUAUAGUGUCUGUCAAAAAGUUUUUUUGUCGCAGGCUGAUAAUAGAUAUUAGGCAGCUUUGGGACUCGCACCAAAGGCACAAGUUCUUGAGGGCUGAGGCAUCUCUGGGACAUUUUGUUAGAGUCUUGGAAAUGUCCCAGACGUUCCACAAUAAUGCACGGUUCUAAUGUAUCACAGAUCUAAUCCUGUUUAAAUAUGCGUUCAAUGUUAUUCAAAACUGGGAAACAAAUGUGUUACAAUUUUAUUUGAUUGUACUUAUUUUUUGUUCGACCCUAUGGUAGAAGGAACUGGCCCUUAUUGACAGCCCUGAAAAUGUGAAGACUUGGUGGUCGCUUAUGGGAGGUGGUCAUUUACAAGAAUCGAACCACAAGGGGUCUCUUCCGAGAAGAGGUCUGGACACAUCAAUUUUAGGAAAGAUAAUUCAUUGUAUCCAAUUUCCAACCUGCAAUAUGUGUAAUUCCAAGUCGUCGCUAAAAGUUCUUCAUAAUCUCUAAGUAGCAGAGUACAUUAAGAACACAGAGAUCAGACGACUCAUCAGGUGGUCACUUGCAAGAGGUUAAAAGCAAUGGAAAAUGAUUAAACCCUCAGCCCCGUAACAUGGUUGCGGUCACUUACAGAAGGUGGUCUUUUACAAGAGGUUCCAACUGUAAGGCUUUGACUGGGAAAAUUUUGGUGUUUUGGAUAGAGUGACUUAUGGGAGGUGGUUGCUUACGAGAGGUGAUUGCACGUGGAAGUUCGAUUGAACCAUUUGGGUACUGAAAAAAUGCUUCCUCUGUCUCAUUUUCACCUGACUGAUAAGAAUGUCAUAUUAAUUUUGUACAAAUAGCUUGGUGACAUUAAGUCAAGUGCCAUGCGUUGCUCCCUUGUUCAUGGAAGGAGUGAACACAUAUUUAGCUGGAAACUCUUGCCAGAGCCUGUGCCAUCAGAAUGUCUUUUUUUUGGUGGUGUUGAGAAGAAACAUUGUACACAGGACUGAAAACAAAAUCUGAAGCAAUACUACAUGCAGUAUUUUUACAUCUUUUUCCCAUUUUCAACAGCAUCAACUACAGAAGUAACUACUAUUCCAACAUCAGUUCUUAACCAAGUAAUGGACCAAGCAACAUUGUCAACAAUGCAGGCUGAGAUGAUAGCUGUUCAGGUCCUUUCCCAGUCUGCCACAGGUGACAUUCAGUAUCUUCAACACCAAUCUCCAAGGUUCAUUCCUAUUGUCACAUCAGCAGACCCCAGUACUCUUAACUCACUUCAAGCCACUCUCAGUCAAAUGCCACUUGCUACCUUGCAGGUGAGAACGGUGGAUGCGUCAAUGUUGUGUUUGAAAUUAUUUGAGUUAAAAGGGUUAAAGAAAUAAUAGAGAAGUGAAGCCCUGGAAAAAAUAUACCCUCUUUAGCUUAAAUUAACUGUUAUGUGUAGAUUCUUCAUCCUAAUUUCCUUAGUUGAGCUUAGGGAAGUAAGGGGAAUUUGGCAAAGGUCAAGUCAAGAGCCUUUUUUUCACACUCUCCUUUGCAACAUGGGCAUCACCAUAGAAAUCUAGGGCAUCUCAUAAGCCAUCUGUAACUCAAUAAUUAUUCCAACAUCCAUAAGAUAACAAGCAAGUCAUGGGUUCUGUCCUACUGGGAACUCGCUUAUGCUAUUCUUAAGGCUCAUUCUUUUGAAGUUUUCAACAGUUGUAGAUAUAAAGUUGUUUAUUGCAUUUUGCUGCAUUUAAAGUGUAACACAUGGCUUCAAAAAGUCAAAUUAUUGUUGUUUUCUAGAUAAGCCCCUCUCAGCCAGGUGCCACAACCCAGACCAUUCAAUUACCUGGUGGCCAAACUAUUCAAGUGCCACUGAGUGUCACUCAGAUGUCGCCUUUAACAUCAGCAACAACUGACUCUGGAGCGGUGGCAUCAUCAGGAGUCCCUACGACAACUACUGAAGCUAUAAUUGCUGCUGCAACCAGUGCAGAGGCUGCAGCUGCUGUCGCUCAGGAGCAAGGAGCCACUCUUGUCACUGUUCACCCUGCAGUGAUUGAGGCACCAGUAGAUGUGGCAGAAGGGCAGGCAAAUGAAGGGGAGGAAGUUGAGGGUGAUGGUAUGUGUUUAGAUGAAUAUUACAAGAAUUUUUAGGACUUGUCACAAAUACAUGGAGGAUUUGACCUUCACAUUAUUAUUGUCUCCUUUCUGCUAGUGUUCAGAUUAUCAACAGUGAAUUCCAGUAAUGAUUUUUUUUCUCAUUGCAGACGAUGGCAAGCCAAAGUACACAUGUGAGAUAUGUGGAAAAUCUUAUAUUCGUUCAUGGUCAUAUUAUGGUCACAUGAGAGAACAUGCAUCUGGGGAGAAACAGCACAAGUGUGAAGUAUGUGGCAAGAUCUUUAACUAUGCAAGCAAUCUUCGCCAGCAUAUGCUCAUACAUACAGGUAAUUUUGAUCGGGGCUUUAUGUAAAGAUAGUAAGUAGGCUGUACUUAAAGAAAUACUGAAGGGAGCUUCAUACUCUGAACCUGUGAAAUGCAGGUGCCCAGUGUAUAAUUUCUAUAAAAUAACUAGUAAGAUUUCUUAGUCGCCUGAGAGCAAAAGUUAGAUGUGAGGGACUCCUGUGAGCUCACAAAAAGGUAGCUGCACAGCAGUGUAUCUUUAACCUCUUGAUAACAAGGCUAACCUUGUUUGUGUAAAACAUGUGGUAGUUUUUUCAUCAUUUCUGCAUACAGUGUAAGUAUCUGUUUUGCUUCAUCAUGUGUCAUAAGGCUUUUGUUGCAUUUUGCUGUUACAGAGUCCAGAGGCUUGUUAUGUCCCUGCUAUUGCUUUGGCUGUGUAUGAGGUUGCAGGUGUAACCCCUUGCUUCCCACUGAUCCUGAACAUAACUUGUGAGCAAAAGUAAAGGAAAAUAUUACAUCUGCAAAGUUAAUUUAGGAGAAAAGACUUUGGUGACAUUAGAGAUAGGAUAAUACAGUGGAACCCGUUAAUGCGACCACCGUUGGGCCAUAAAAUCCUGGUUGUAAUAACGAGGUGGUCGCAUUAACGGGGUCCUCAAAAUAAUAAAAUGACUCAAUGGUUUUUACGUUUGGUGUGAAAGAAUAUGGCUGUAAUAACGAGGUGGUCUUAUAAACAGGGUGGUCGUAAGGCGGGGUUCCACUGUAAUACUCUGUUGCAUAUAUUUUAUUACAGGUGAGAAGCCGUAUGAGUGUGAGUACUGUGACAAGGCAUUCAAUAACCCCAGCUCCCUGCGAUCCCAUGUUCUGUCACAUUCAGAGGACAGGCCUUACAUCUGUGAUCAUGAGGGUUGUGGCAAAGCCUUCAAUAACCCUGGAUCACUCAGGUAAUAUAUUCUACAUGAAUUUUCAAGGUUCUUUCAUAUGUGUUUCGUUGGGUUAAUGCAGUUUACCAGAUAAGGGAAUUCCUUAUCAGCGUGCAAAGAAAGUCAUGUCUGAUAGUCCGGGGCUUGUGGAUUUUGCUAUUGGGCUAGUGAUUUUUAUUCUUAACUUGCCCAACGGGCAAGUGCUGUUUUUUGGGGAAAUUCAAAUUACAGAAGGAUUGUAAUCAAUCCUGCUAAUCAAAAAGGGUUUUUGGGUUAGUUGAAAUGACUUGUGGGCUAGUACAUGCUAGCUACAGCUUGCCUGAAUGGCAGGCUGUAAAACUGACUUUCUUUGCACCCUGGUUGUAUUAUUUUUAUUUUUUUUAGGGAAAGGUGUUGUUUUUCCAGCAAAUAUCCAUACUUCCCCAUGGCUGUUGUUGGGGGAUUUAUACCCCCUCCCCCCCUCUCCCACCAAUUCCACUACCACCCACUACCCACGUAUCUGGAAAGUCCAGUUUUGCUUCACUCUCUCCUUUAAGAAUUUUUGUCUUGAAAGCCCCUCCCUCUCUGAAUUCCAACAACCCUCCACAGGUUGGAUAUGAAUAUUUUCUGGGACCACACAUUCUUCCCUGUACACCUUCACUACCAAACGACGGUGGCAGCAAUUCAGAGCAUUUUCUCGCAGCCUUGGUGCACAUAACGAAAAGAUUUUUAUCACAUGUUUUAAAAUAUGCAUCUUACAUAUUGGCAGGGUUCAUCGUCGAGUGCAUCAGGAGGAAAAGCCCCACAAGUGUGAUGUGGAGGGCUGUGACAAAGCCUUCAAGACACCAGCUGAACUGUCACGCCAUGCAUUCAGACACACUGGAGAAAAACCCCAUAAAUGUGAUCAAUGUGAUAAAGCUUUCAUUAGAUAUGAUGACCUCAAGCGACAUUACCGCAUUCAUACUGGUAAGUACUCCCAUGUAUGAUAACUUUAGAGUCUGUACGUUUUGAUACCUAAGACCAUAAAAUAUUGAGAGGAGUGUUCCAUGAUGCAGUCAGAGUCAAGCGUGAGAGUGACUCGUUAAUUUUAGUUUGGCUAUUUUUUUAUUAUUAUUAUUAUUUUACUUCGUUCAGAAUGAGUCUCAGACAAAAUACUCUUUUGUUUUCUUGCACUGAAGUUCCAAGUGAGUGAUAAGUACUUUACUAUUUUUAUAGAGUAAGCCACAUUUGGAAUACCCUAGACUGCGAUCAGUCUCCCUUUUUCCUCAGGUGAGGGGAAUGCAUGCGUGCGUGAGCGUUGAGUAACGAAGCCGCGACACCACCUUCAGUCACGCGCGUGGUCGUGUCUCGCACGUUUCGCUUGACGGAAAAAUGGUCGUAAAUGCGAACUUAGAAAAAGGAGUCAAUCGAAGUCUAGGGAUACCCCCUUCAAUUUCCUAGCCACUCUAUUAUAAAUAAAAUCAGCUUGGGCCCGGUUCCUAAAAAGGCCGAUUAGUGCUAAUCCAGGAUUAAAAUUUUGUUCCAUUUUUGUUUUUUGUACUUUCUUAUGCAUUGCUUGGAGUAACGUUUUGUUAUUAUUACUGUGUCUAGUGGUAAAGGCUGAACAGAUUUUGUAAGCUCGAGUUGCAUGUUCGUAGACAAGAAAACCUUGCUUAAAAUUUGGCUUAAUCUUAAUGUCAAGUGGUUUAGAGUUAAGGAGUUCUAAGCGAAAUCAACCUUUUAGUAACAAUCAUUGAAAACGUUGCAUUAUAGGCGAGAAGCCUUUCAAGUGUGACCAGUGUGAUUUCGCCUGUAUCCAGUCAUUUGACCUGGUGAAGCAUAAGUUCACCCACAGUGGUGACAAGCCUUACAAGUGUGACGUCUGUCCGAAACAGUUUACACGACCAGCCAGGCUGAGAGAUCACAUGAGGACCCACACUGGGGAAAAGCCUUUUAUAUGUGAUGUGUGUGGUAAAGGUUUUGCUAUUCAGACUGGACUCAAGUCCCAUCAGGCAAGUGCGGUUGUUUAAGGGCAAACGACGUUAGAAUGUAUAAUUUUUGUACAAUACGUUGAGAGAAAAAACUUUAGAAUGAUUAAACUGUACUUAGGCUUUCGUAAAAGCUGACACCCCAUGACCUUGAACAAGGACAGUUGUCAAGGAACAUCUUUUCAAAUUUAGCCGUCUUCAAUAGCGGAAAAAGUUCAGGAGGAAAACCUGUCCGCGUAUUGCGGCUUUAGACAACGGAAAUUGUUUAAUCAGCUAGAAAAACUUGUUCUCGCAACUGAUGCUUACUUUACAUGUCUUUACAAGUUACCUGAUCAGAAUAGCCAGUUCCAACAGACGCACCUCCUAAGUUUCCUUCAUGUAAUCCUUUCCUACAUGUAAUGCUUGAAAAAAGUUUAAUGCUGAUUCAGAUGCUGGCAUUAUUUGUUCUGCAGGCGGUUCAUACAGGGGACAAACCUUUUAAAUGUGUUGAGUGUGACAAGACAUUCCGUACUCAGCUUGAGCUGCAAUCUCACAUGGGACGACACACAGGAGUGAAACCAUUUAAAUGUAACAUCUGUGAGAAGGAGUUCAUAUCCACAAUCACCUUUAAGCGACAUGCCAUUGUGCAUUCUGGUAUGAUACGCUCUUUUGCCUUUUAG